AUGACCUCCGCCAUUGUUUACCCCUCAAUCAGGCUCAAGAGGGAGGAAUGUAGGCGUACCAAACAUGACUCUGCUUUCUCCCCCUGGAAGGUUCUCAUUGGUCCUUCUGAUUGGGAGGACUAUGCCAUGGGGAAGGAGGGAGCUGAGAGAUAUAGGACUCAGAACCUUCCUAAUUGCACUUCUUGUACUGGAGUUUAUGAGCUUGGGGUAACUUUUAGGCGACGUGGAACUGGAAGAGAUUCCGGCAAAAUUGAUCCCGACUUUGUCAUACCUGUUUACCUCGGAAAAGCAGACAAUGUCAGGAACAGAAUGCAGCAAUAUGGCCGCGAAGGAGCUCAUUUGGAGAUUGGCACUUCAAAUGGUAGAUUCAAUGACUCCUGUGAGAUUUUGGUGCAAAAGGGGCCUGGAGUGUUUAAGGAGAUAUUCUCGAAAGGCUUUUCUAUUGUUUACAGAUGGGCUCCUAUGGAAAAUAUACGGGAUGCUGAGAAAACAGAAUCCGACCUUCUUGAAAAAUUUGAUUAUGCAUGGAACAAAGGCAGUAAUGGUAAUCGCCGGCGCAAUGACAUCCUAAAAAAACUUGGACGAAUAUCAAAACCUUAUUCUUUUCUUACAAAGCUACAGAUAAUGCCUCAACAGAAGAAGGGAAUCAAAAUCAAAGUUUCCAAACAACCUUCUUUGCACAAUGGUUUGGACUUCUAUUCCAACUUGGAAACAAAUGGUUUCCUUCAUCGAAUUUUCAAAUUUGGGAGAUCACAGCCAAGAUUAGUUGUCAGACCAGGUCUCGAUGAUGAUUGCUCUGGCAUCUGUGGUGUUGCAUUAGGUCAUGGAGUCAUCUGUAAAAGGCCACCAACUGAAGGGAAUAAGAGGUGUAUAGAGCAUAAAGGGAUGAAAGUAAAUGGUUUUACUUCUAGAGACAAGGAUUCCAAUCCUGUUUGUGGAUUUCUAUUGGAUGAUGGUUCUAGCUGUACAAGCAAACCACUCCAUGGAAACAAAAGGUGCCUGGAACAUAAAGGAAGGAAGAUUCGCAGCUCUGUUAAUCGUCAACAAAUGAAAGAUAAGAAAGUAGAUCAUGUACAUUCCCCAGUUUAUGUAUCCCCUCCAAGUGAAGUAGUGAAACAUUGCAUUGAAAAUGGUGACAGUAGAAUUGAAUGUGGAGUGGAGCUAGGCGGCGGGACUUACUGCACAAGACAACCUCCCAGAGGGAGAAAGAGAUGUGAGGAGCACACGGGAAUGAGGAUCAAAAGGAUCAUUUCUACAUCCUCUCCCUCUUCAGUUGAAAGAAAUACUAGUAGAAAAGAGGGUCCAAAUGGUCUGUUAUUUAUUCCAGCAGCUUUUAUCGAAGGAAGUUCUCCUACUUGCGGGGCAGCAUUACAGAAUGGUUCAUUCUGUAGCAGGAAAACAACGAAAGGAAACAAAAGAUGCUGGCAACACUACGGCAUGAAGGUCAAUUCAUGUCCUAGGAUUAGCCCUAAUGAGUUUAUUUAUGGUCAAUCUUCUUCGCAAGCCUCGAUCGACACCGGGUAUGAGAAAUGUUCAUCAACUUGUGGAGCACCCACGCGCAACGGUUCGCAUUGCAGAAGGAAAGUGAGUGGAGGUAGAUGUUGGCAACAUGGAGGCUAUAGCAAGCUUAGGAAAUGA